UGGGCCGGGGGAGGUGCCGGCCGGGCUCUGCCUAUGAACCGCGGCGCUGGGGGGGGGCCCGGCCGGCGCUAGCGGAGCCAGAUCCGGGGAUUGGGCCGCGGCGGGGGCCGGGCCGCAGCCCCCCGUGCCAGCCCCGCUGCUCCGCGCCGCGUGCGCUGCUGCUGCUGCCGCUGCUGCAGCCGGGCUCAGCCUGAGGUCGCGGCCCGGCCCGGCCAUGCAGCGGGACCCGGCGGCGGCGGGCACGGGCACGGGCACGGGGGACCGGCUGCUGGACAGAGGCGGCCCCGGCCCCGGCCCCGGCCCCGGGACGGCGGCGCUGCGCCCGGCCGAGGCGGCGGAGGCGGCGGCGGAGGAGGAGGGGGGCGCGGGCGCGGGCGCGGGCGAUGCGAGCGCCGCGUUCCGGCCCCCCGAGGGCGGCUUCGGCUGGGUGGUGGUGCUGGCCGCCACCUGGUGCAGCGGGGCCAUCUUCGGCAUCCAGAACUCCUUCGGCAUCCUCUACGUUAUGCUGCAGGCGGACCUGCCCCCCGCGCGCCGCGACCCCUCGCUGGAGUUCAAGACAGCAUGGGUUGGAGCCCUGGCCAUGGGGAUGAUAUUCUUCUGCUCUCCCAUUGUGAGUAUCUUCACUGACCGGAUUGGCUGCAGAGCAACGGCAGCCUCAGGUGCAACCGUCGCCUUCAUUGGACUCCUCUCCAGCUCUUUCACAAAGUCCCUUGAAGUCCGCUACUUCACCUACGGGAUCCUCUUUGGAUGUGGCAGCUCCUUUGCUUUCCAGCCCUCUCUGGUAAUUCUUGGUCAUUACUUCAAACGUCGCCUGGGCUUGGCAAAUGGCAUCGUGGCUGGCGGCAGCUGCCUCUUCUCAAUAUCCCUUCCGUUCUUUUUGAAGACUGUCGGUAAAGCCAUUGGGCUGGCUCACACUUUCCAAGUCCUCAGUGCCUUUAUGUUUAUCCAGAUACUUUUGUCUCUGACUUUCCGGCCCCUCUUGCCUCCUUCUUCUGACUCUCACCAGGACGGGCAAGAUAAACUGGCCAGCCGGAGCAUGAAACAGCAGUGCAGGAACCAGAUGCAGAAUUAUUUCAGCAUGAGGGUUUUCAGGAAAAAGACCUACCGGAUAUGGGCUUUUGGAAUCGCCACUGCCGUCCUGGGAUACUUUGUACCUUACGUGCAUCUGAUUAAGUAUGUGGAGGAGGCAUUUAAGGAAGACCAAAAGGAAUGGAUUCUCUUGGUUUGCCUUGGAGCCAUGUCAGGGCUUGGACGCUUGGUUUCUGGCCGGAUUGGUGACUGCAUUCCUGGACUGAAGAAGAUUUACUUGCAGGUUGCCUCCUUUAUGCUUUUGGGCCUCAUGUGCAUGAUGAUCCCACAGUGCCAAAAAUUUGAAGAUGUUAUUGUUGUCUGCCUCUUUCUUGGACUUUGUGAUGGUUUCUUUAUAACUAUCAUGGCUCCCAUAGCCUUUGAGUUGGUUGGACCAAUGCAAGCUUCUCAAGCUAUUGGCUAUCUCCUGGGUCUUAUGGCCAUCCCAAUGACUGCCGGGCCACCAAUAGCAGGAUACCUCCAUGAUUAUUUUGGGACUUACCACCCAUCCUUUUAUUUUGCUGGAAUUCCCCCAAUUAUCGGGGGCCUGGUCUUGUCUGUCGUGCCUCUGGUUCAUCAAAGAAUGCUCAAGAAACAGCAGCCGGAUUCUGGCAAAGACAAAAUGUUGGUUUCAGAGACCGUCAUGAAUGGAGAGCUCCUUCCAGGCUGUCCUACCACCGAGGCACACAUAUAAAGCCUUUUCCCAGUCCCUCGCUCCCAGAGACAUGCAUACACAUGUACACACUCUGACACCAGCAUCUUCCCCCUGUCUAAGCACAGGCCCUUUUUUAAAAGGAGUAUAAUCCUGUGCAGUUGCAGAGGUGCUGCAAUAUAUUUGUUAGGGCUGUGCGAAGCUUUGGGUACUGAUUUGAUUUGGAUGAGAUUUGGCCUGAUUCAGUAGCCAAAUCUCCAAAUCUGAAUCAAAUUAAGAGACCAAUACAAAGGUCUGAAUUGAUUUGAAGCCUCCAAAUCAAUUUGGUGGAGAUUCGGUGAUUCGGGCAGUCCCCAUUUGCCACGCAAGCAGCUGGACCCAGACUCCAUGCUGAUAAGUAGGGGGCUGCAGCGGCUGUCAGGGCUUUUGGGGGCUCGUGGCAGAGCGCCCCCCCUGCACAGUGCGGGGCAGUGGGGGGCAGCAGGGAUCGCUGCCCUGCCUGGCAGGAGCCAGUGAGUGCGGGGCUUUUUUUUUUAAAAGAGCUGGAACGCUGGUGCUGGGCAGGGCAGGGCAGCCAUUGAUGGGGUUGGGAGAGUGGGUGGGGGGUGGGACCUGUUUGAUUCGGCCAAUUCGGCAGCGGCUGAAUCUUUGAAUUAGAUUCCGCCAAGUCGACUUGGGACAGUGAUUUGAAUCACCAAAUCGAAUCUCUGUCCUCCGAAUCGACUGAAUCCGAAUCCAAAACAAAUACUAGCCACUUCGCACAGGCCUAAUAUUUGUAGAGGAAAAAGUUCUCCUAGUUAAUGCUUUUAACUUUUGGAGCCAUUUUACAGGACAUUUUGAUUUUUAAAGCUGCAUUUUUCUCCAACCAUUUUCUGAAGAGAACUCUAACUUGGACUCGAACUCACUUUUCUUGCUUCCUCAAUUUUCUAAUUGUCACAAUAUUUGUUUACAGCUAAUGAAUGCCUUUAAAGCAAGCUGUAGGCAAAACUUGUUGAACCUCUGGGUUUUAGUUACAGAUCCAUCCUAGCACACAGCAUCCUUGAUGCUGCCUGCACAUAUUGCCUUGAUGUUGGAUUCAGUUCCAUACUACCUUAAACUUAUGAUGAACAGAGCUUAAUCUAUGAUGAACAGAUUUCAAGACUUUUUUUAUUCCACUUGAAGGCAAAAAAAUUAAAAUAGGGCUAAGCAUUUGUCUUUUGUAAGAGUGCUGAAUUCUCCCCUCCCACAUCAAAAAAAAGUCUUUUCUGAAAAUUUUCAAUCUGUUUAACUGGACCAUAAGCUAAUUCCUGUAUGGCCUGGUCAGCCACCAAACUCGGAUUUCCCCUCUGAUAUUCCAUCAAGGAGAGAGAUCCCCUCGCUGUGUGUGCCUAGUGUCAAACCUGACUUGGCUGUAAACAGUUAAAGUAGGCUAGCUGCUGGUUGUCAGAUGUGUGUUUCACUGAUGGCAGGAGAACUUUGGAGUCUCACCUUUUCCAUCUGCUCUUGGAUGGAAAGAGAAAACAUACUGCCCUCAGUGAUGCUGAGCACUUACUGUGACUCAUAAUGUAGCCUCUGGCCCCGACUCCCCAAUUCUUUGUCAAGCAGAGAUCAAGGAUCACUGCAAGAAAACUGAAGGCACUUGAAAACACAGAAAGGUAGAAAAGGAAGAAAGUGUGAUUUAAAUUUUGAGACCCAACUCCAUCCAUUCAAGAUGAUCCCUCUUAAAACUGAGGAGAUGAACUAUUAGCCUGUGGUUCAUCUGUUGGUCACCUCCAGCUUUCUUAACUAGUAACUAAAUGAGUAGGUUUCCAAGCCCCCAACAGAAAGAGGAAUUAACUGCCAACUUAAGAUGUUCUAACUAGUAAAAUACUAUAUUUGCAGGUAACAAAAUGACUAGCACUGAAUCUCCAAGAGUCAGAGUCCAGUGGCACUCGGACCUCUAUGUCAGUUUUGACCUGAGCUGUUCCACUUGGUUGGUUAACUCAUCUUUAGCAUUUCUUAACCACAUCGAGGUGUGUGGGUUAGUUUUUGCUCAGAAUUCCAAGCAAGUCGAAGCUGAAAAAUUGACUAGAAGAAGGGAGAGUGGGCUGUGCAAAUACUAAUGGACUUUGUGUGCCAGGUCUGUAUUAUUCUUCAAUGAUCAACUUGUCAGUAUUACAGGAGCUGUGAAAAGAGGCAGAAUAUUUUUAAAAGGCAUUUUUUUUUUCCUUUUUGCGUAUGCUUCAGUAUUUUUCCUCUAUGCUUAUGUCUUGCUGGGGAGCAGCUUGAGAGGUCACUAUGGGACAUGGAGGUUUCAGACAAGAUCUAGGGGCAGGCUGGCUGACUGCCCUUCAAAAUGAUUACAAGUGUGAGUGAAAGAAGGGGGAUCUCUCUUGGCAGCACGGAUGCAGUGUGUACCUCUGUGUGGACAAUAUUUUGUGCUCCAGAUGGUGGUCCAAGCUCAAGGUGGUAAUGAGUAUUUUAACUAGCUGACAUGAUCAGUUUCUAUUCAAAAUUGUCCACAAGGCUCAAGUGACCACUGCCACACUUGGAAACAGCAGAAAGCAAGCACGUUCUGUAAGAACAGAGAGCCCUGAGGUUAUGUGGAGUCCUGCUGAUUGAUGUGGAGACUCCAGCACAUUUUGAUCUCUCAGAGAGCUCAAUGAGAAAUUCAGUAGAAGCAGAUGCAUGGCCUGGAUUGAAGACCAACCUUGGUAGUUCACAGAAGGUAAUAAUAAUCCAUGUUUGUGCAGCCAUCAGUGUAACCAGGUGUUAAUAAAGAGGAAUGAGGUUCUCUGGAUUUGGAGCCUCAAAGAAAUCUGCAACAAAGCUGACUUUUAGUUUCCACGGAGCUAACUUGUUGAAGAAGCGGAGAUUGUGUGUUGAACAAAAAGUGUUUCAUCAGAAUGGAUGAUUGUCUCGCAUCUUUUUUUUUUUCCCAUUGCCUUGCUUAACUAAAAAAGAAAAAAAAGCAGCCAUUAUAAGUGAGUUACGGCAAAGACUGAUAACUGAGGAGACUAUGGGAAUCUUUCUGUUACUUAGUGUGGAGGUCUAACAAAGUAUUGGACCAUAGACUUGUUCUCAAUUCAUGCCUGUAACUCUUGUCAAUAUAGCAUUGGGGUGGGAGUUUGGCAUAAUGACAAAGGGCUCCACAUGCCCCCCUGCCUUUAUCUACAUUGACGGUAUACAGCAAAAUGGUGUGCUUUGUUGUUAUUUUUUAUAAAUGUCAAUCCCUGUAGCAACAUCUGGAGAACUAGAUGGCAUUUUGUAGCACUUAAUAAUUUAAUUCUAAAAUGUGGAUGGGUGUUUUAUGUGUCGGAGUGUAUGUGUCUCUCUCUCUCUCUUUCUCUCUAUCUCCCCAUCUUGCUCUCCACCAACCUUUUCCUCUGAGGAUACAUUUUUUUAACUAUUACUCAUUACUAGAAAGCAGAACACAAGAAGCUAAAACAUGUAUCAGAGCCUUGGAAAAAUGCAUCAGCUGGAACAGCAUGUUUAACAAGUAUCUGUUCCAUAUCCAUGUCUUGAUGUGAGUCAGAUUGUGCUGCUCUGACUCAAACUGAGCAGUACUUUGUGCUACCACUAGCCCUGCUGGCUGCUGCAGGAUUCCAAGUGUGAUCCCCCAGCCCUAUUCCAUUGAAGUCCGUGGGACUAUUCCCACAGUAAGGUACAUCCUAGCAAAUGGAGCAUCGCAAUCUGACCAUUAAUCCUUAUCUUGAGGAGAAAAGAAAGACCUUUAUUGCAACUGCCUUUGUAUCCUGGUUCUUCAUGCUACGUUAGAGUUCUUUUUUCAGUAUAUUCUCAGUAUUAAAGCUUUCCUUUCAAGGGGUAUUUUUUUCAAUUAUAAAAAAGAAGGUAAAGUUGAAUGUGCAAUAAGACAAGCUGUGCUGCCUCAAAACACAAGCACUACAUGAGUCAACACGUGAAAGUUGGGUUCGUAAGUAACCGAUUACACUUGCUAAUACCAAAUAACAAGGCACUGUGCCGUUCCCAGACAUUAAUUCUAAAUACUUCUCUAAUGCUUGAGACCAUUUACAGAUCAAUAUCCUUAUGUACAAGAAUCUCCCAUUAGGGGAUAAUCUUCAUUCUGAAAACUCAGUCCAUGAGUGUGAUUGUGCUAUAACAUGACAAUGCCAGCAUGAAGUGAUGAUCCACUGUCUCAAGAAAGCUAAAGUUUUGAGCCAUCCAAGGUAGUUAAAUGUUCUGUGCCAGGCACACAAAGGGUGCAGUAGUGAGUAAGAUAGACAAAUUAAGUGUUUGGGGGGAAAAACUGGAGGUAGCAAACUUCAAACUACUUCCAUCACAUUUUCCUAAUCUAAACAUUCCUUUUGUCAAUUCUAUGAAAGGCAAGACGUUUAUUAGCUAAAAUAUGGCAAAAUUCUCUGCUUUCAUCCACACAGUGAAGCUAGAUUCUAAUAUUCUGUUUGCCUAAAAAUGGAUGUCAGAAUCAGGACAGCUACAUAUCCAAGCAACCGUAUGGAAAGAGGAACGUUGUCUUUAAAAUGUGUUCGUGUCCUGUAGCUGUCUUAUGUAAGCAAUAAGGUGUAUUAGGCAGAUUCCAAGAAUUAUCGCAUGUUAUUGGCAUGCAAUAGAUAUGGGUGUGAAGAUUUGAGUGUCUCUGAACUGAUAGUAAUUACACUAAUUUCUCAGAAAUUCACUGUUCUUGCUUUAGGCCUAUUGGAGUCCAUCACUGGAACAUCAAGUCAUAACUUCAGGCAACUUCACCUGAAUAACCAAAAUGCAUUGACAUGCUUACACUCCUCUUCCCAGUGCAGUGUCUAAAGAAUUAAUAUGCUCAUGCAUUCUGUUUAAAGAUUUGGUUUUGAGACCCUUACUGAGACAAUUUCCCAACAAAGUCAAACUUGCCAGCAUAAAAACUGAAGGAUUAUGUUAACUAGAGUGUUUUGUGAUUUAAAUAACCUGUGUCCAUACUAUACUCAAGCCAGUGCCCAGGCCUGGUCUUUGCUUUGUUCUUUUUCUCUGCAAAUGUGAAUGAGUUUUCAGCUGUAUGGGUUCUUCAUCCAUAGGUUUACAAUUUCACUUUCUUUUCUGAAAUGAAACAAAUCUUUCUGUUUCCUUCUAAGAAUGAAAGCAAAGGCCUCAUCUGACUGUUCUCUGUAUUACUUUUGUCUCCUCCGUUUCUUAGGAAGGGAGGGAGGAGUUUGACAGUCAACGUUUCAGUGACACCAACUCAGUAUUAAUCUUUGGACUCUUGUGCAGUAAUGCACGCACUGCCAGUAACGAAACUGAACUCAUUUAGAAAUAAGGACACUGUGAAUUCAGACAAGAGGAGAGAAGGUGAUUGGUUUAUUGUAUAUAGCAAGCAAUGAAUUUGGAGAACAGCUGAUGAAUCUGUAUUCCUACCUAAGGCACAUCAAAGCAGGACAUGUUGUAGCAGCCCCCUGCUUAAGAAUCUGUUGGAGUUUCCAUUCAAAACCCUAAGCUCCAGGGUGUUAAAAAUUAGUCAUUAAAAAAAAAAUUGGCUCCUGCCAAAACAUGGCAGGAGAUUUUUAACUCCUAUCACUCUGACAGCAGAAUGUUUUGUGCCAGACAAACUAAGAGAUUAAAUGCUCAUCUCUUAGCUCAUUUUCUAAAUCUGUUUUGAGUUCCUAUGAAAAUAAAGGUGAAAAACUGGACCUUUGCCAUCUGUGGGUGUUCUCUCUGCCUUGGAUAUUUUGCUGAUCUCCAUAAUUAAAAAAUAUUUUAGAACGGAUGCAUCUCAAGCAAGGGAGAAAAGGAUAAAAAGAAACCAUGAAUAACAGCAGCAAGAAGGAGACAUCAUUUCACAUCUGUGAUAAUGAGAGGUGAUGGUCAGCUGGUAACCUUUCUUUCCUUCUUUCUUUUUUCUUUUACGCUCUGUGUAUUCAAAGGGCUUAUUAAACAUCUUGAAGAUCUUCCCAUGAUAGGACCUGUGAGAGAGCCUAUGUGCUAUUUACCCUCCAAAUCGAGAGCUGCAGAGUCUCUGGAGUCCUCCACAGGUCUGCUGUACUGUCUUUUCAGUGCAUAUUUAAGAGUAUCACCACCUAGUGAUCAGCAUUUCUUCAAGAAACUUGGAGCCUUCUGUGUUUCUGAGGGUACUGACACACACAUUUAGAGAAGUUUUAAAAGGGCAGCAGCUGUUCCAUUCCAGUUGUUAUGUGUGGACAAGGUGGAAACAAUAGAAAUGUAGCAACUCCACUCCAACUUAAUAUUGCUUCGUCCCCAUGUAACAAUAAGAAUGGAACAGCUGCUGCCCUUUGAAAAUAUUCCCCUUUUGCAUCAACUCCAAAUGUCUAUCUGUCCCUACCCUCAAGUAAUACGAGCAGAGGCUUAAGGAAGGCACCUGAGCUAAUCCUAUGCACCCUUAAUCUACAGCAAAGGAUCCAAAUUCUGCUUUCGCACCCUUGUAUUGUUACCAGUGCAACAGUAAUGUUUCUGAGGUGUACCUUACUGUAACUGAAACCAGGCACAAACCCUACUGGUGUACCUGUGCAAGUGCCUGCAAAGGGCUCUCUGAUUCAGGUGGCAUUAUCUGCUGCCAAGCUGCCUCCAUUUUUGCAACUCAUGGGUUUAGAUCAGAUCUCAGAUUUCCCUGAGGGGGAAAUUUGGCCCUUGCCCACAUGCACUGUUCUAGACUUGGUCGAAGGGAAUGCAUCUACUUUCAGUGAUUCCAAAUAACCUUAGAGGGGGAUGUGGGCCUGAGUCAAAACCUUUGAAUUUUGAUACAGCUUCAGAUCUAGAUCAAAACUUUGUACUUUUAAUCUCAGUCUCUUGGGCCAAAGAAUAAUACAGGCAUUAGUAUUGCAGACCCGGAUCCAAGACUGAUUCUUACCUUUUCUCAUUUUUGUUGUGGCAGAAUAAUCUUUCCUUAUCUGACUGAAGUGGAGAGCACAAAGGGGUUUAAAGACCAAGAUUACUCCAAAAUAAAGCAGACUCCCCUCUCUUGUCCUUUGUCCCCCAGCCAGUACAGCUAGUGGCCAAUAUAUAUCCUCAGAGAAUAACUAGCUGUCCAGAUUCAAAUUCUGUAGUUGUAAGUCUUUUCCAAAUUUUAGCUACCCUUGUUGGAAUAAUAUGCAUUAUACAAAUUCACCUUAAAUACUUAUCUAGCUGACAGUUUGUGUAAUAGAAACUACUGGCACUGGUUCUCUUUUACUGUUAUUAUUAGUUUCUUCUUUUAAAUGGCCCCUUUUGUGUGUUGAGUUAUUUGGUAAAACUGCUCAUCAUGGAUCAGCUGAGUCCAUGAAACAGCAGCUCCAGUUCAGGACAAUUAAACCAAGCCCGCAGGUUUCACACACCUUCCUUUCAAGAUAUUUUCCAAGGAAGCGCGCGUGGAGCUACCGACCAAUGCAGUUCUAUUGUGUGAAGGAAGGUGACUCUAAAUGGUUUCAGUACAUCAACGCGUAAAACCUCUCUUUGGACUGACGUUCUGUAUUUGGGGAGAUUGCUUGUUUAGUGGAGGGUUCCACUGUAAUUUAGCCAACUAUGAUCUCGGCACCUAUAACCUAGAUUUUCUUCUGCCUCAGGCAGCUGUUUCAGGCGCUGUCAUCUCAGUGUGUCUUUGGAGCCAGACAUACUCUGUAAGCUCCCACUUUUAGUUACUGGAUUUACCUUGCAAGAAUUGGCAUCAUUAACCCAUACAUCCUCCAUGACAGGUUCAGUCACAUUGCCAUAGCACCUGGAUGGCAUCUGUGUGCUCUCAGAGAGGAAGUCUGAUAGUGUCUUGGGCUCUGUGGGGACACUUACACUGGUACCAAGUGGGAAACUAUUGUUACUGUUCUCCGAGGGUGGCAUUUAUGUUGGAGUAUGUGAUUUGGCAUAAUCUCACAUAAUGGUCCAGAAUUACUCUAUUUCUAAUGACACUGAGAUUAUCUCUCAGCAUGAUCCUACAUAACCUUCUUUUGAUGAAUAAAAUUUAAAUCUCUUUACUAUUCCUGCUAUGUCUCCUUUACAAUAGGAGUGCCAUGCUGAUCAUGUAGAUAUAUCAUUAUAAUGCACCAACAAAAUACUAAAUAUCAGUGUAAACUGUAUCCAUAAAACUGCUUUUGCUAAUAAAGCUUAUUCCAGCCCCACUCCUUCCAGGGAAAACAAAUCAUACCAAUAAAAGCCUGGUUGUGUCAGUAUAAUUGCAUCUGUGUUGGAGCUCUAGCCAGUAUGGGCAUGAAGGCCAGGGAUCACAAUUCUUUAUACUCCUGAAUGAUGUAGGUAUGUUGGUGGAAACCUGUAAUUUGAAUGUGACUUUGGUCUCCAAGCAGCUGGCAUGUUGGUGAUUUUAGUGAAUGUCCUUUUGUGUUGAUUUAUAUUGCAGCCUUUUUUGUCAGACUUGUGAAACUAGUUCAUCUGUGAAGCAAAUGUGCUCUUUUUCACUCUUCACUAGUUUGAUCAUAGUCUGCUAGCUAGAUUCAUCUCCUGUACAUAUAUGCCUUUCCAAAUCAAAAUGUUUUUUUCCCCUCCAACAGUCUGUAUCUGUAUUGACCUAACAUCAUUACUGAUUGCAAAUGCAGGAUUGACUGAACAGGACAUGCUGUGUAUACUUGGACCGCUCUCAGCCCUUGUCAAAUGCCAAGAGGGCAUAUCAAAAGAAGGAGGGGGGAAAAUCCUCUAAGAUUUGGUUAUGUGCUUUUUGGCAGGGGGGGGAGGGGGAGGGUUGCUUUUGAACUGUGUCUGGUAUAGCUAAAGUUUUUGUUCACUUUCUAAUACACUUUCCAAAGUUUGUCCUCUCUGUUACUUUCAACUCCAACUGCCAAGAUAAUCUCAAAUGUAAGAAUUUUAAGCAUAUUGUAAGUCUCUAGUUAGCUGUCCUAUUUACUGAGGAAUGAAACUUUUUGUACUUUCUUGUAAUAGAUGUGGUGCAGGCUGAUUUGUUUACUGGAGCAAGUUUCUGCUUGGCUUUGGUAGUUUGUUUUUCACUGAUCACAACCAGGCGGAUGUCAAACUCUGUCUUCUUUGGUAGGAUUUCCAGCCUUUUUCAGAAUCCAUCCAUGAACUUUUGACCUUGAAAGGUCUUUGUGCUUACCUGCAAAUCUCACUGAUCUUUCAGGGGUUUCAGUACAGUUGGUUUUUUUCUUUCUGGCUUUUGAGCUCAUCAAAUCAUUUCAGAAAAGUACAAUACACCUCAAAGGCCCCUGCUUUCCCAGCCUAUCCAGUUUCACCUAAUGAAAUCCAUUUAAUGGAGGAGAUGGGUCUGAUCUUGGGAAACGAUUUGAAAAUGACCCAUUUCUCCCCCAUGAUUUCAAGGCGAACUCUGAGUGCGAGCAGCGAAGGCUGAGGUUUGAACUUAUGCUGCCAGAUGUCAGAUAAGACUAGUCAUUUUACAUUACAGUUCCCAACACUUCAGCUCACAUGAGUGUUACUGCAGUGCUGUGCAGUAACGGACGCUGGUUUACAUUAUGCGGGUGGAUAGCUCUUUCAUGCCAUAAUGAAGAUGCGUCUUUCCAUAUCCUGGCUAGGUCUUUUGGAGACUGGAAUUCAUUGCAUUAACCAACCAGUUGUCUUUGCUGGAAAUGCUCACUUCGAUAGUGGAAGCCAAAAGUGCCCACCAAAGAGGAGAGAGAAGAAAAUGCCCUGUGCAGCCUUGGGAGAGGUACAAAUCCUCCCAGUUUUACUCUGCUUUAUGGAUCCAUCUCAUCGCUGGAAGUGAGGACCUGACUCUGUAAGGUACUCAUCAUCACCCUCAGCCCUCAUUGGAGUGCCUCCAGUGAAUGGGAGGUGUGGACAUCUCAUACCUGCAUUUCAUUUCAUCAAGGCACUUAAGUAUGUGGUUAAUGCAGCCUUAAAGUUGCUACAAUCCUGAGUAGGUGGAGUUUCCUGAAUCAGGGCUUGAGCACUUUGCUCAGCAGAGUUUGACUUCAGGCAUACACUUAAGCAAGGUCUUAAGCAUGCGGCUGAAUCAGGGCCCACAGAGAGCGCUCUACACUCCACUGAAUCAGGCUCUCGAGGGCAUGCAUACAAAGCCUCGGGACUGUGCCAAGGAGUGCCAUAAUGAGGCACAUGCCACCUGAUCCAUGUACGCAACCUCCUGAAACAGAAAUAACAGAGCCAACUUAGCUUGGCAUCACACACGCACAUGCACACAAGCUCCCUGGAUGUGGAGAGAGCAUACAACUAGAGCAGAAUCCCAUAGGGAAGUGAGAGGUGCUGACAUGCCUUGGGGUUCAGGGAAAAGAAAUCACAUUGGUAAACCUAAUGGCCAGAGUCUUAUUCCAGCUCCUUUCUUUCAUGUCUCCUCCUUGUAAAGUGUUUCACAGUCUCUUAAAUUUUUGUACUUGGAAGUGAAGUAUUUGGAUGUGUGUUUAAAGUAUGACUGACUGUCCUUUUUCAAAUGUGAACUUCUGAUUGUUGGUAUAAAAAUAUUAGUACAAUUUUUGUAAAUGUUUAUGAAACUAUAAAAAUAUAUAGAAUUAAAACUGGUUAAAAAAAAUUGG